AUGAUCUUGCUUGGGAAUAAUUUGUUGCGACAUACUCGACGUUAUAUUACGAUACUGAACAGUUACAGGCACUUGCAGUAUGAAUGCUUCUCAGAAAGACAUAUUGGGCCAUCGGAGCUUGAGAAGCACAUCAUGCUACAGUAUUUGGGUUUCAAAGAUUUGGAUGAACUAACGGGUGUCGAUGUGCCCGAAGCGAUAAAGUUGAAAAGACCAUUGGAUUUGCCACGACCAUUAGAUGAAGCACGUAUGCUUGGCGAAUUGAGAAGAAUAGCCAAGAAGAAUAAAAUCUAUAAAUCAUUUAUUGGAAUGGGCUACUACGAUUGUAUUGUGCCAUCCGUGAUUCUGAGAAAUGUCUUGCAGAAUGCAGGAUGGUUUACUCAGUACACACCAUAUCAGGCAGAGAUUUCGCAAGGACGUUUGGAGAGUCUUUUAAACUUUCAAACAAUGAUUUCUGAUUUAACAGGUUUGGCAAGUGCCAAUGCGUCGCUAUUAGACGAAAGUACUGCUUGUGCAGAAGCGAUUGCUUUGGCUGUACGGUACAAUCAAAGACCAAAAAUCUUGUUCGAUCCAAAAUUACAUCCGCAGAAUAUUGGCGUGUUGAAAACCAGGGCUAACCCCUUAAAUAUUCAGCUCGAUGAGUUAGACUUCAACCAUCCUAAACUUGACGGCAGUGUUUCUGCAAUUAUUGCGCAGUAUCCGAAUACGGAAGGUGCUAUAGUUGAUCUGAAAGAAUUAAUCCGUAAAGUCCAUGAAAACAAGAGUCUUGUAAUCUUGGCGUGUGAUCUGUUGUCGUUGGCGCUUAUCCGUUCUCCUGGAGAUUUGGAAGCUGAUGUUGCUGUGGGAAGUGCACAACGAUUUGGUGUACCGCUUGGGUUUGGUGGGCCACAUGCAGGUUUUAUGGCAGUUAAGAAGAUAGAUAAAAAAAAUUCUCUUGUAAGAGCAAUGCCUGGACGUAUAGUUGGAGUCACCAGAACUUCUGGUGGUGAAACUGCUUACCGACUUGCCUUACAAACUCGUGAGCAGCAUAUCAGACGCGAUAAAGCCACGUCGAACAUUUGUACAGCACAAGCGUUGUUGGCCAAUAUGGCCGCAAUGUAUGCAGUAUUUCAUGGGCCCAAAAGACUCAGGACAAUCGCUCGUAAUGUUCAUAAGACUGCGUCUUACCUUGCAUACAUAUUUUUCAAUAAUGCGUUCAAUGAUACAUUAAUUGAAGGGCUGCGUGGUAAUGGUAAUAAAAUUCUCCAUUCUAAAUUUUUCGAUACGCUUAAAAUACGGCCUAAGAAUGUGGAUGAAGUAAAGCAAAAAUGUGAACGACAACUUAUUAAUUUACGGUACUACAGUGACGGGUGUGUUGGAAUUGCAGUUGAUGAAACAACAGGGCCGGAAAAUAUUGCAAACCUUCUAGACGCCUUUGGAAUUCAAACAAGCUCAGAGGAGUGUGAAGCAGGUAUUACAGAAGCGAUUGGACCAUUAACGGUCAGCUCUCCCCAUUCUCGUAAAACCGAGUAUCUGGCGCAUCCAGUUUUCAACAGUUACCAUAGCGAGACCGAACUGGUCCGAUACAUGAAGCGCUUGGAAAAUAAAGAUGUGUCACUGGUUCAUUCUAUGAUACCGCUGGGAUCAUGUACAAUGAAAUUAAAUGGCAGUGCUGAACUAAUUCCUAUUACUUGGCCAGAGUUUGCUGCUCUGCAUCCGUUUGUUCCUCGAAACCAGUCCGAAGGAUACAGCCAGAUGUUUGCAGACUUGGAGAAGUGGUUAUGCGAAAUCACUGGUUACGAUAAAGUCUGCCUACAACCAAAUAGUGGUGCGAACGGUGAAUAUGCGGGGUUGUUGACUAUUCGAAAUUAUCUUUCAGCGCAAGGACAAGAGCAGCGUAAUAUCUGUUUAAUUCCAACUUCUGCACAUGGAACGAAUCCAGCCAGUGCUCAUAUGGCCAGUAUGAAGGUUAUUCCCGUUGAAUCGGACAGACAUGGCAACAUUAGUUACCAAGAUCUGUCUGCUAAGGCGGAGAAAUACAAAAAUGAGCUCGCAGCCUGUAUGGUGACAUAUCCUUCCACGUUUGGUGUUUUCGAGCACGCGAUUGUUGACGUUUGUGCAAAAGUCCAUGAAAAUGGUGGCCAAGUUUAUCUAGAUGGUGCAAAUCUUAACGCACAGGUAGGGUUGUGCCGUCCUGGCGAUUACGGCGGUGAUGUUUCACAUCUGAACCUUCACAAAACUUUUUCCAUACCACAUGGUGGUGGCGGACCAGGAGUUGGACCUAUUGGAGUGAAGGCGCAUCUUGCUCCUUACUUGCCCGGUCAUUCAGUUGUGCCAAUAGAUGGGCGCACUAGUGGUGCUGUCAGUGCGUCUCCGUACGGCUCAAGCAGCGUGUUGCCUGUCACUUGGGCCUAUAUUCGGAUGAUGGGAGGAUCUGGACUCAAGCAGGCGUCACAAAUGGCAAUUUUAAAUGCUAAUUACAUGGCGAAGAGGCUAGAGGGGCCUUACCAAAUCGUUUAUAAGGGGAAGCAAGGCUUGGUGGCUCACGAAUUUGUUUUGGACUGUAAAGAUUUCAAAAAGACAGCUGGGAUCGAAAUCGGAGAUAUUGCUAAACGGUUGAUGGAUUAUGGAUUCCACUCUCCAACAAUGUCUUUUCCUGUUCACGACUGCCUGAUGAUAGAGCCAACUGAAAGUGAGAGUAAAACUGAGAUUGAUCGCCUGAUUGAUUCGCUUUUAGCAAUUCGUCAUGAAAUAGCAAUGAUUGAAAAUGGUGAAAUGGAUAGAAAUUGUAAUCCAUUGAAGAUGGCACCGCACACAUUGGCAGUGGUAACGUCGUCCAAAUGGGACAGACCGUAUUCUCGAGAAAUGGCGGCUUUCCCCAAACCAUGGUGUUACACAAAGAUCUGGCCAACUGUUGGACGGAUUGACGACCAGUAUGGAGACAGAAAUUUAUUAUGUAGCUGUCCUCCUGUCGAAGAUUAUGCUUGA